CGUGUAUUUCUUUCACUUUUCCACUCCAGUGCACCCUGCUCUCUACAUCAACAUGGCGGCAAAAACGGCCGACGAGCUCUCGAAGCUCGCUUUGAACGGCUCCGCCACGAAGUCCAACCCACAGACAAACGGUACAAACGGCGUAAAUGGUCAUCUAUCGGAUCAGGACGACUCCGACGACGACAAGGAGGACGACGCCACCGCCAAUGUCGGAGGUGCAGACGGAAACACAGCCAGUGGCGCUGCAAAGAAGAAGAAAAAGAAGAAGCCGAAGAAGAAGAAGGCCGCUGCAAAGGUUCAAUCUGAUCCGCCUCGCGUGCCCCUCAAAGAUCUCUUCCCGAACAAUACAUACCCAGUUGGCCAGGAGGUGGAAUACAAGGAUCAGAACGCAUACCGCACCACGAACGAGGAAAAGCGUCACCUUGAUCGUAUGAACAACGACUUCCUUCAGGAAUAUCGCAAAGGCGCAGAAGUGCAUCGCCAAGUGCGUAAAUGGGCGCAGGCAAAUAUCAAACCAGGAAUGUCCCUGACAGAGAUCGCGGAGGGGAUCGAAAACGGCACUCGCGCUCUUACCGGGCACUGGGGGCUUGAGGAGGGUGACAAUAUUAAGGGCGGCGUAGGUUUCCCCACAGGAUUGAGCAUCAACCAUAUUGCGGCACACUACACCCCCAAUGCAGGAAACAAGUGGAUUCUGGGGGAGCAGGACGUGAUGAAAGUGGAUUUUGGUGUUCACGUCAAUGGCAGGAUCGUUGAUUCUGCGUUCACGAUGUCUUUUGAUCCCAAAUAUGACAAUCUCCUCGCUGCCGUCAAGGAUGCCACGAACACCGGUGUCCGGGAGGCCGGCAUCGAUGUGCGUGUUGGUGACAUUGGCGGUGCGAUCCAAGAAGUCAUGGAAUCUUAUGAAGUCGAACUCGAUGGAAAGACCUACCCUGUCAAGUCUAUUCGAAAUCUGAACGGGCAUGACAUUGUCCAACACAGCAUCCACGGCGGCAAGUCCGUGCCCAUUGUCAAGAGCCACGAUCAAACAAAAAUGGAGGAGGGCGAGAUCUUCGCGAUCGAAACGUUCGGGUCGACCGGACGCGGAUACGUGACCGAUGACCUGGAAGUCUCUCACUACGCCCUCCGCUCUGAUGCGCCGAACGUACCCCUGCGCGUUCAAUCCGCAAGGAAUUUGCUGAAUGUGAUCAAAAAGAAUUUUGGGACUAUCCCCUUCUGCCGACGAUAUUUGGACAGGCUGGGCCAGGAGAAAUACUUACUUGGCCUCAACAAUUUGGUUAGCUCGGGCAUCGUGGAAGCAUAUCCACCGCUAGUGGAUACCAAGGGCAGCUACACAGCUCAAUUUGAGCACACUAUUCUGCUGAGGCCCACGGUGAAAGAGGUUGUCAGCCGAGGCGACGACUACUAGCUCCUGCUAGCUGUCAUGGCUUUUGAAGGAGAGGAUUGGCCUUGAAAGGGAUUAUUCUGUCUGGUGGCCCCCCACAACAUCGGUGCAAAAGCCGCAUGAAUCAGCGCCCAAACGAAAAAAUAAAAUAAAAUCAGAAAAAACGGCACAAUGAGGAAAUGAAAGAACAGGUCUGGUCUGAGGGAGACAAAACAGAGCGUCCCGAUUUCUAAACACAACGAGAUAAAUACUAUUGAUGAAGGUCAUCUCCAGAUCUAUUAACGACGAUAUUCUACUUUGCUACAGAUGACUGCCAGCUACCUAUUGUGUAUUCCAUUCCUUAAAUCGGCUUGCCGGUUCGCGGAAAGCCUCAGAUUCUAUGUCCAAGCUUGAGUGCUUGAUUAUGGGCCGAUUUUGCAUGAAGCUGGGACUUCAGCCGCGAGGCUGCGAGGUU